CGAUCACUGAAGGUAUUCAAUUUAUUUGUGCAAAUGGGAUGUUCAGUCGAGGGACUAGGAGACUUUUUGCAUGUGUAAAUCGAUUUGAAUGGAGAAAAGUGUCUGGAAAACGCGUCCUUUCUAUAUCUUUGCCGUUUAGACGGGAGAAUCAUGAAAAGUCUAGUGGUGACAAUCAAUUGUUAUUUACUGCUGAAGACCUCUCAGAUAUUAAGGUUGUUGUUCCUAAAUUGAAGUCGAACAGUUUCAACGAAGAAAGUAAAACAAGCGGAGUUGCCGACUUCGAUGAAGGAAGGCUGGAUUCCAGAACACUGCAUAAAACACAGGCCAAACCUACUGCUAAAACCAAAUCAAAACGGAAGUCUAGGGCAAAAAAGGUUAUGGGAAGUGCAGAUUCUACGGAGCCAGUGACUGAGGAAGCCAUUAGAGAAGAUAAGCUUUCAUUCAAGGAAAAUCAAAUUAUAAAUGAAAAGAUGGAAAUGUCAAUAUCGGCUGCAAAUGGCGCUUCCGCCGCUACGCUGCUAGAUCGUGGAGCAAUCACAGAUAAUAAUACACUUACAGAUUUUUAUCAAAGUAUUGUUCAAAUGUACAACACCUAUUCUGCUAGGACUGAUGGGAAUUACAUUGUGUUGAUUCAUGUUGGAUCAUUCUAUGAGCUUUAUUUUGAUCAGGCAGACAAGUACUCCGGUUUACUAGGCCUAACAUUAACCAAAAAGAAUUUGAAACUAGGACCUAUAUCUUUCUCUGGAUUUCCUGACAGAAUGUUGGAUAAGUACAUGGAUAUUAUACACCGGGCCGGAUAUAAAGCUGUUAUUUGCAAUCAAGUGUUGGAUCCAGUGACUAAUAUCAUUAAUCGACCCGUAGAUAGGAUUAUGACUCCUGGCAUCAUUGUAGAUGAAUCGUGUCGAGAUUUUCAUCGAAAUAAUUACUUGAUGGCUCUUUCAUUUCCAGAUGACCUCAAGCCGGAUAUUGAGGGGAAGAGAGUAGGUGUUGCUUGGUGCGAUGUUAAUUUGGGGUUGUUUUAUAUUUUGGAAAUUGAUUUCAGUCAGCUCCUAUCUACUGUCACCAGAAUUAACCCUGCGGAGAUUCUUAUCUCUGACAAAGCGGACCUGGAACGUGUUUUGAAUGGAUCUAUUUUACCGGAACUCGUAGACUUAAAGUCUUACUGUAUUACAUCCUAUCAUGAAAAAUCAAAGAAAAAAUCAUUAGAUGACUUUUUGUGGAGAUUUUCUGAUAACAAAAGAUUAGUUUCUUCUACCCUAGAUUCCAUGUCUCGUAAGGAAAAAAAUGCGACUUCUUUGCUACUCCAUUAUCUUGAAGUCUGUUUGCCUAACUUCAAAACGAGUUUCCACUUGCCUACUCGAUCACUACCAAACACUUUAAUGCAAAUUGAUUCAAGAGCAGCUCAAGAUUUAGAGCUUUUAGAAACGCUACAAUCAAGAAAAAGGAUUGGUGCACUAUCUCACCUCAUAGAUAAAACCGUGACUAGCCCGGGAGCAAGACUUCUGAAUACUUGGUUACUUGCUCCUUCUACCGAUCUGGACGAGAUAAAAAGAAGGCACGAUUUACUUGGUGUUUUCCUGAAGGAUCCUUAUUUUUUGGACACAUUAGUACAGCAGUUGAAAAAAACAGCAGAUGUCAACAGGAUUAUAAGACGGAUAGAUAAUUCAAGAGCAGAUAGCUACGAGUAUCUUGAGUUGGCCAUGACAAUCCGGGUUAUUGAUGAAAUCUAUAAUUUGAUUGAACGGUCACAAAAUAAUCACGCUUUAAAGCUAAUAGAGCCGAUUUUUUAUGAAUUUAUACACUCUACAAAAGUUCAUAAACUUGCAAAACAAAUCGAAGAAACAAUUGAUCCAAAAGUUUCAUACCUCAAAUCUACUUCUAACAAAUUAGAUGGAGAAUUGGUAAGAGAUUUCUGGGAAAUCAAAGAAACAGCAUCAUCUCAUCUGAAAAAAUUGAGAAAAGAUUAUGAUACGGAGGUAGCAAAAUCAACCGCUUUGAAGCAAGAGCUACAAGUGCAAUUCCAAGAAGAGGGCUAUGGUGGCUCACUCAAACUUCUUAAAGACAUGAAGACGUAUGACUAUGUAAUUGAGUUAAAAUCAACUAGUAAAGUUAUUCCCACAAUGGUAAGAAAUUUGGGCCUUAAAGUUAAAGAAAAGUCAAAAUCCGUUACCAAAUUGAUUGAUUCUAGAUGGACAAAUAUUGGCGAAUGCCUAGUAAGUUUGGAGUAUGACAUUUUGUUAGAGGAAAAGGUUAUUAUGAACGACUUAAACUCAAAGAUUUCAAAACUAUACAAAGAGCUUAGAAAACUGUCACCUAUCAUUGAAGUUCUUGAUGUCAUUCAAUCUUUUACCCAGCUAACGUUGCAAUAUAACUUGUCUAAACCUCACGUCGAUGAAAGCACAAUUUUCGAUGUGAAAAACGGGAGGCACAUAGUGGUCGAAGAAGGGCUCAAAAACAGAUUUGAUGUUGUCAAUUUUACAGGGAAUGAUUGUAGGAUCCAAUCUUCAGAGGCCUGGCUAAUAACAGGCCCAAAUAUGGGAGGUAAGUCUACUUUUUUGCGACAAAAUGCAUUAAUAGCCAUCAUGUCACAAAUAGGUUGUUAUGUCCCUGCAGAGGACGCUCACAUUGGGGUAAUCGAUAAAAUUUUCACAAGAGUCGGUUCUUCUGAUAAUAUAUUCAAACAUCAGUCAACAUUUAUGGUGGAGAUGAAUGAAACAGCUACUAUUUUGAGAGAAGCAACCGAAAAAUCUUUGGUCGUUAUUGACGAACUUGGAAGAGGAACUUCAGCAAAUGAAGGUGUUGCAAUUGCGCAUGCUACCUUGCUUCACUUACUUAAAGCCAACAAGGCCAAAACUUUGUUUGCUACUCAUUAUGGCUCAGAACUGCUGCACCUUCUCGCCCAUGAUGGUAAUGUUGCAAAUCAGGUGUCUUUUUACAAAACAAGCUUAUGUGAUAGCUAUGAUGACGGAGAUAAAGCAAAAUCAGAGGAUUUCAAAUCAAUUGACCAAAGAUUGUUUUUUGAUCACAAGCUUACAAAGGGUGUAAGUUUGCAUUCACAUGCACUUAAAAUUGCAGAACUGGCAGGUUUCCCACUGGAAGUCUUGCAUAUGGCAAAAAGUAGCUUCAAGAAACUUAUUAAAUGAUAGAUAGCACGCUUUAUGUAGUACAUUACUUAAAUCCCAAAAAUAAACAAAAAAAAUU